AUGCACAGAAGACUGUAUGGUCGGAGGUUGGAUGAUGAAGAUGUGAUAUAUCACAAGUUUCCGAAAGCACCGAUUGUCGUCGACCUGAGUCAGAUCGAUGGAGGCGGAAAGAGAUUUCCGGGCUCCUCUUGGUUGGAGGAAAAGCUGCGGAACAAGCAGGCUGUGGGCUGGGACUUAGAGUGGCCGCCAGACCGAAAGGACAGGGACAAUCCGAUUGCAUUGAUGCAGUUUGCGGAUGCAGACACUGCCCUGCUUGUAAGAACUCACGUCUCGCAGUCCUGGCUUCCUGACCUCAUUCAGUCAGUGCUGGAAUCCGAGAGCUGCAUCAAAAUCUGUGUGGGCUUUGACAGUGCCGACAAGCACAAGAUGCGGACUUCAUUCAACCUCCUUCCAGCGGGCUUGCUCGACCUGGCAACAUUGGCUGCGCAGAAGGGAUUGAAGGAAGCGGGUCUGAAAAGCCUGGCGGAGCGCUUUAACUUCCGGAUCCGCAAGGAGCCUCGCAUCGCCAGGUCCAACUGGGCGCAGGAAACACUUACGCCGGAGCAGGUGACCUACGCCGCCGAGGAUGCCUACUUCACCUUCCUCUUGAGAGAGAAGCUCGAAGAGCUGCCUGACAAGAAGGAGGAGGUUCAAUCCCUAGCCGUGGAAGGCCAGCUGCGCCUUCAGGAAGGUUGGGUCGAGCAAGGCAUCGAGAAACGGCACGAUGGCCUUUGGUGCCAGCUUUGCCAUCAAGGCCCGAUGAAUACACCCGACAACGUGCGAACUCAUCUCAUGGGCAACAAUCAUGCGAAGAAGAUUCGUGCCAGAUUGGGCAUGGACCAAGCAGUGCAAGAAGUUUUGACAGAUGAGCAUGAGCACAACUACAUCUACGCCGGCGAUGGCCUCAACGGGGUGGACAAAGGCAAGUUUGGAUGCAGUCUUUGCGGAACGAAGACGCUGCAAAAUCUACAAGCCGUGACUGUUCAUAUCAAUUCCAAAGGGCAUCAGAAGGCGAUGAAUCCCCAAGCGGAUCCUAGAUUCAUCAAAGAAGAUCCACUGGAGAGACUGUGGAAUCUUCCUGAUUACAUACUCUUGGACAAGGGCGUAGAUGAUAAGCAAGAGCUGGUCUGCAGCCUUUGCCAGUCCAGAGCGAGCAAGGUCAGCCAGAUGUAUUUGCACAUCCAUGGCCAAAGGCACGUCAAGAAAGCGCGCCAGAUGUCGAAGGAAGACAUCAUAUUUGUCCAGGAGAAGAAUCAGCUCGAAUACACGCAGACAGGUGAGAUUGUAGUUCGUAAGAACUUCGAAAUACCUCGUGGUCGGGUGAAGCCAGCUAGUGUGCCCGCCCCAUUGCCAGAAGGCUGGCAAUCAAACAUUGACCCAAACUCCGGGAAGGUAUACUACUGGCACGUAGACAACUCGGCACAACCACAAUGGGAGCAUCCUGGAAUAAGCAGCCCCAAAUCUGCGCGGAGUACGAGUUCGCAGUCUCCAAGCAAAUACAUGCGCGCUCUACCCGAUGACUGGGAAGAGCACGAGACAGACGAUGGCCGAAGAUUUUACUACUGCCUCAGAACAUUGAGGGUGCAGUGGCAGCGACCGACUUUUGCAAGUCCUUUCGCUGAUGGUGCCCAGUGCCGGGCGAAUAUUCAACUUCACGAAGCCACGUCGCCUAAGCGCAGCGAUCGAGCCGAUGGCGCCUCUACCGUGCCUUCAGCCACGUCCAGCCCGUCGAAGCCCGCGAAGCUCUCCCCUUCCAGGAACAGGCCUGAGCUUGCUGACCCUGAGCCAGCACAAACGGAACCUGCGCAGCCAGCGCCUCGAGACCACUUCGAAACGCGACACAGCGAGCCGGCGGCUCAAGCGCCGUCAACGACGGCACGGCCACCGCUGGCUCCUGGCUGGGCUUCGUACUGUGACGACAACGGUCGUGAGUUCUUCUGGGACGCCGAGCACCAGGUGUCGAGCUGGACACCGCCCGAGCCGUACGGGUACCAGAACGAGACGUGGAGUCGAAUGUCGGAUAGCCAGGGUGCUUUCUGGAAGUGCCGAUCCCGAGAAGACUGUCCGGGUGUCAGCUUCUACGAGUUUGACUCAAGCUGGCAUCGACGGAAGGACAGCACGGGCCGGAUCUAUUGGAGCAACCCUGCGCGUCGGAUCCGUUUCUUUGAGCCAGAGCCAACUAUGCCAGUUCCUGCGGGCUGA